AUUUCCGACGGAAUCACAGUCACAGAAUCAGAUAAGCUCGUUUUCCGUCUCAAGCCUCCAUGGUUGCAGGAUAUAUUUUCCUAUGGAUUAGCUUAGUUCUCUUUACGCUCCCCGACCCCGAUCAGUUUAUGGGUCUCAAAUGAUCCUUAUUCUUGCGCUUACGAGCCAAUGAGCCAUUUAAAGUCCUGUUACUUUUAAUUGUCGAGAUCGGCUGGGUUUUUUUGGGCGCCCAUCGGGGCCUGUUUGGUUUGGAUGCGGUUAUAUAUUCAACUUUAUAGAGCUCUAAGAAUCAAGAUAGAUGAACACUUCCAUUAGUGUCAUUGGCCAUCUUUUGGAGUGAUCAUGGAGAAGCAGAGCAGCUUUCGAGCCUGUACAGUGGAAAAGCAGCGAAGUUUUCGCGGGGCAAUGGAAAAACAGAGGAGCUUUCGCGGAUUUAUGGAAAAACAGAAAAGUUUUCGCAUAGUGAUGGAGAAGCAGCUCAGCUUUAUAGGGGGCGAGAGGAAAAGGAGCAAGGAAUCACCCGGAAAACGCGGUGACUCCCCACUUCAUUUAGCUGCUCGUGCAGGCAACAUAAAUAGAAUCAGGGAGAUAAUUCAAAAUUGUGACGAUAACGAGUCAAAGGAUUUGCUGUCAAAGCAGAAUCUGGAUGGGGAGACACCUCUUUAUGCCGCUUCAGAGAGGGGGUAUGAUUUAGUUGUGAGCGAGAUGUUGAAGCACUUGGACCUGCAAAUUGCGUCUAUUGCAGCUAGAAAUGGGUAUGAUCCAUUUCAUGUCGCAGCAAAGCAGGGUCAUCUCGAGGUACUGAGAGAACUGCUGCACUGCUUCCCUAACUUGGCCAUGACCACAGACUUGUCCAAUUCAACUGCUUUACACACAGCUGCAAUCCAGGGUCAUAUUGAAGUGGUUAACCUCCUUUUGGAAUCAGAUUCAAACCUUGCAAAAAUAGCCAGAAACAAUGGAAAGACUGUUCUUCACUCCGCAUCUAGAAUGGGGCAUUUAGCAAUUGUGAAAGCCUUACUGGAGAAGGAUCCGAGUACUGCAUUUAGGACUGAUAAGAAAGGUCAAACUGCAUUACACAUGGCUGUUAAAGGCCAAAAUGAGGAAAUUCUGCUAGAAUUGGUAAAACCUGACCCAUCUAUUUUGGGUCUGGAGGAUAAUAAGGGAAAUACAGCAUUGCAUAUUGCCACAAAGAAAGGCCGUUUGCAGAAUGUUUGCCGUUUAUUAUCUUUGGAAGGUAUCAAUGUGAACUCGGUUAACAAGGCCGGGGAGACCCCUCUUGACAUUGCAGAAAAAUUUGGAACUCCAGAACUUGUCUCCACUUUAAGGGAUGCUGGAGCCAAUAAUUCAGCUGACCAAAAGAAACCUCGAAAUGUAUCCAACCAACUUAAGCAGACAGUUAGUGACAUAAGGCAUGAUGUACAAUCCCAACUCCAGCAAACUCGUCGAACUGGUAUGAGGGUCCACAAAAUUGCGAAGAAGUUGAAAAAGCUUCAUAUCAGUGGCCUGAACAAUGCUAUAAAUUCUGCGACUGUUGUUGCUGUUCUGAUUGCUACAGUUGCAUUUGCAGCCAUCUUCACUGUCCCUGGCCAAUAUGUCGAGAAGAAAGUAGGGGCCUUUUCACUUGGACAGGCAAAUAUAGCAAAUGAUGCAGCUUUUCUGAUAUUUUUUGUGUUUGAUAGCUUGGCAUUAUUCAUAUCUCUGGCCGUUGUGGUUGUUCAAACAUCUGUUGUUGUGAUCGAACAGAAGGCAAAGAAGCAGCUCGUUUUUGUAAUUAACAAGCUCAUGUGGCUGGCCUGUCUUUUCAUUUCAAUUGCUUUCAUUUCUCUCACAUAUGUGGUGGUAGGAUCACACUCCAGAUGGCUUGCUAUAUAUGCUACGGUGAUAGGAAGCCUAAUAAUGGUAUCCACAAUUGGCUCCAUGUGCUUCUGUGUCAUUUUGCAUAGAAUGGAGGAGACGAAAUUGAGGGCUGAGAGCCGCUCUCGUUCCUUAUCCAUGUCUCAUGCAUCAGAUCAAGAACUUUUAAACGGUGAAUACAAGAGGAUGUACGCACUUUAGGACAAGGAAAGUAGUGAGUGUGUGUGUAUCUCAUUGGUUCUGUUAUUUUCUUCCAGCUUUAAUGAUCUUCGGUAGUUCCUACAGUAUUGAGCAGUAUGGGGUUGUGAGGAGACGAGAUACGGGCUAUGAUAUAGCCUACAGAAGAACCCCUGGGGUAGCUUGCGUGCUGCAAAGUAGUAUCUUGGCUUUUUAUUCGGGGAUAUACAAGACAUAGUCUGUGCCUGAACCCAAUAAUUGAAAAUCAUUUGUGUAGUGUUCUAUUACACUGAUUGAUGCAUAAUUAUCGUGACGACUUAAAUGGUCCGGGAAGGAAAGACGGUAAUAUUUAUGGUUGAAUCCUAGAUUAUAUAGAAUUUGCAUCUGGACACUCCUAAGUAUUAUUGAUUAUGUUAUUUCUGUAAGCAUUUGAAUAUAUAACUGCGUUAAAUUUAAUCUGUUAA